ACCGCAGUGUCACAACAGUCACCUUGCUCAGACUUCAGCUGCCACUCUUUCUAUAUUCAUUCUCAAGUCUAUUCGAUACAGCGUUCAGAGAGCUGCAAGAUCAUGAUGGCGAGCUUCAUGUCUUAUUUUGGAGGCAAGCGCGACCCUAAGAAGACCGCGCGGGAUGCGAUUGUGGACCUGCGGCAGCAGCUGCAGAUGAUAGAGAAGAAGGAGGAGUAUCUGCAGAAGAAGAUAGACGAGGAGCUGAAGAAGGCAAGGGCCAAUGCUGUAUCGAAUAAGGCAGCCGCUACUGCUGCACUGCGGAGGAAGAAGGCGAGCGAGACUGAGCUGGAUAGGUUGGCGGGGACGCGACUGCAACUUGAGCUGCAAGUUAACUCGCUGGAGUCCGCCAACCUCAAUGCAGAGACGAUGGCGGCUAUGAAGAGGGCGUCGGAUGCGUUACAGACGAUCCACGGGAAUAUGACCAUGGACAAGGUCGAUGCUACGAUGGCGCGGAUCAACGAGCAAAGAGAGCUCGCCAACGAGAUUGCAGAGGCGAUUUCGAACCCUAUGAGCAGCGGAGAUGUCGACGAGGAGGAGCUCAAGGAUGAGCUGGCAGAUUUGGAGCAGGACGAGCUGAACAAACGUUUGAUGGGUGCGGAGCAUGUACCACUGCAUCAACCCGCUGGAGCGGUCGCGGUAGACGAACCCCGACGACAAGUAGCAGUAGAAGACGACGAGGAAGCCCAGCUGCGCGAACUACAAGCCGCCCUAACCAUGUAGUCACUGUCCAGUUUACCACUCAUUUCCUCUGAGGUCUGUAGAAUUUAUCAACGCUACCGCCUUUCCUACUUGUCUGGUUUCCUGGUUCAUUCUGAAUGAGUUGCUAUUUGUGGUUGUUGGUUGUCGUCACUGGUUGUUCCAGAAACACCAUCUCAUAUUUGUUGUUUUAUAUCUUAGUGCUACUUCCUCUGGUUUUUCAUGAUCACGGGGUUCCUCUUUUUUCGUUUCGAGUUCUGUUGUUUUAGUAUCUGCCUACCUAUAUCCUCACCCCAUCCCACUUUUCUGUGCUUAAUCACUAUUACAAACCAGUACUACACACCAAGACAAGGCCAAUCCCAUCAUUGCAUAUGCACGCACACUAUGGUUGUUAGAUGCAGAUGCUCGAAUCUCCGAAAUGUAUGUAUUAGGUAGAUUGGCGAAUCGGAUGGCAAAAGGGG